CGUUGGGAAGCAGACACUCGGAGGGAAGGAUGAGGCCGCAAGCGGUGUCACUGUUGCUGCUCGGCCUGCUUGCGGGGGUCGGCCCGGCGGAGGCAGGCAGCGAGGGCGCCAUCGAAUGCCCGUUUCCAGAGGGGCAGAGCGUGGCCAACGAGGGAGAGUGUGCCAAGUAUAGUGCCUGCGAGUGGACGGGAGGGCAGUGCCACAUGAGAGCCAAUAGCGAGGCGGGAUACAGGGUUGUUUCCCGUUUGGAAGACAGUCGCUUUGGAUUCAAGCUCCACCUGCAGAAAAUCGACCCGUAUUCCACGCUGUUCGACAACGAUGCUCAGAGUCUUGUGUUUGAGGUCAACUACUACGAGGAUUACCACGUCCAGGUCAAGAUUUCCCCGAGCGACGGGGAGAGAUACGAGGUCCCUGUUCCGCUCAAUCUCCCAGAGAAUCCAGCUUCAACGGGCCAGAAGUACUUCGUUAAUACGAGUGAAGUUGGCGAAACAUUUUGGUUUUCUGUUGAGAGAGCGGGUAGCAGCGAUGGAAAGAGUCUUUUCAGCACAGAAGGGCCCCUUACCUUCGAGGAUCAGUUCAUCCAGGUGACAGCAGCUCUGACUUCGAGUUACCUCUAUGGCUUCGGCGAGAACACACACACGAAGUUCAGACACAGGUUCUCCCCGAGGCAAACGUUCCCCAUCUUUGCAAGGGAUCAGCCGGUUGGAGAGGGCGACAUGAACGAAUACGGUCACCAUCCCUACUACGUCAACAUCGACCCGGAAACUGGCGAGGCUUAUUCUGUUCUGUUCUUCAACUCCAAUGCGAUGGAAUACUCGACGUUCCUCCUCGCCGACGGUCGCCCUGCCCUGACCCUGCGCUCAAUCGGCGGCGUCGUCGACCUGCACUUCUUCCUCGGGCCCAGCUUGGAAGACCUUAAUAAGCAGUAUACGAAUAUGAUCGGUAAGCCUGCCUUCCCUCCCUAUUGGUCGCUGGGAUUCCACCUCUCCCGCUACGGCUACGGGUCGACCGAAAAUAUCCGUGUGGUGAGAGAGCGCAUGAAGGCAAUGGGCAUUCCGCAGGACGUUCAAACCUGCGACAUCGACUACAUGAAUCGCUACAGAGACUUUACAUAUGAUCUUGAUGCUUGGGGCGAUUUUCCUGACUUGGUUCAGGAGCUACAUAACGAUGACAUAAAAUUGACGUUGAUUCUGGACCCGGCGCUGGUGACCGACUGGCCGAACUACCCCCCCGGCCAAAGAGGGAAGGACCGGGACGUGUACAUCAAAUGGGCUUCUCCUGAGUACAUACCCGGCGAUCAGGACACCUCUUUUGCGGACUACAUGGUCGGGUACGUGUGGCCGGAUACCAAGACGGUUUUUCCGGACUUCCUGAAUCCGGAGACGCAGGCUUGGUGGGGAGACGAGCUUAAACUCUUCCAUGAGACCCUCUCCUUCGACGCCAUUUGGAUCGACAUGAACGAACCGGCCAACUUCGGCACCAACCUGGACAAGCCCUGGAACUGGCCGGCGGGAGAACCGGACUGGAGUUUGAAAUGCCCGUUUAACCGCCUCGACAGCCCGCCUUAUCCCACGAAGAUGAUCCGUGUGGGAGACAACAAGAGUCAGAGAAUUAG